UCCCUUUUUUUUUUCCGGGCGAUAUUCCGAUAUUUUGAAUCUAACUAUAGAAUUUGAACUAUUUGCGGAGACAGAGGGAAACUGUGAGAAAAAAGGAAAAUGGGGAGGUCCUGGAGGCGCGAGCAAGCUCAGCCGCAGAAGGCGGCGGUGGAAGCGUCCGUCGCGGUCGUAGCUACACACCUCCGCCCAGAUGCCGACACCCGUCUCCCUCUCCCUCUCCCUCUACUCUCCUCCUUCGCCGCCUCCGGUUAGCUCGUCCUGUCCUGCAGAGCCCCCCCACGAAUUCUGAGCUGACCCUUUCAUCCAGCUCGGGCGUGAUUCUCCUCAUGUCCUUCCCUGCCUUUCGUCUUGCUCCUCUUGCCUAGGGUUGCUCUGCGUCUUUUCAUAUCCGCGCCUCUCAGAGCGAUGCCAACCUUUACAGCAGUAGCUUUAGAUCGGCUGUUAGAACCUAGAGUGUCUGAAUCAGUCGGCAGAACAGUUUAUAAUUCAAUGCCUGUGCCAAAUUCCUUGCCUCCAAUUCCGAAACCAGCUACAAAUUCAAAGCUGGAAAGGCGAAGUAGCACAUCUGAUGUAGAAAGGAAAGUUCAACGGCCUCGAAUAACCCCAGCUCUGUAUGCCACUCCUGAGGUGACCCCGCUCCCUGAUUCGCCUUCCUCGUACUCUCCUUCACCAUAUGUCAUAAAUCAUAAACGGCGUGGGCCGCGUCUUCUGAAGAGUUACUCUGAAGGUGGGGUAUCUACUUCACUGGCUGCUCGUGAAGAAGAGAAGGGCAAUCUAAAUCGAAACAAUGGAGACAAUUCUUUAAUUGCAUCUGCAGAUGAUGUUGUUGUUAGACAUUCAAUCUCUGAGCUUGUUAAAGUCAAUAAUGUGAACGGGGUCAAUGACAGUGAAGCUGGAACAAGUCAGACGCCAUCGGGGAAUAUUACAUGGGAAGUUGGUAUUAGCAGUUUGAAUGAUGAUUUAGUAGGAGAAGCUGAUUCUCUUAAGCAGGAUCCACCAAUCUCUGAGAUCUUUGGGGACGGAGAUGAUUUCUACGAUCCACAGGAUUCAUUGAGUCAUGCAAGUAACUCUGAGGAGGACAACAAUUUAAGUGCCUCAUAUAGGUCAUCAAAGCAAGCUGCAAUUGGGGAGUUUUUCGAUGCUUGGGAAGAAUUGUCCUCUGACAGCGGGCGGCAUCCUCUUUCUUUCCAUCUUGAAGAGGAAUUACGUGAACUUAGAUUUAGUUUACUGGUGGAGAUAGGGAAGCGGAAGCAAGCAGAGGAAUCUCUCGCCAAUAUGCAGAACCAGUGGCAGAGGAUCAAGCAAGAGCUAUCUGUUGUCGGACUUACCCUCCCUGCACACCCAAAUUUGGAGUGUGAGCAGUUGGCUGUUGAUGCUGUGGAAGAUUUAAGUGAACAAGUGUUUAUUGCUCGAUUUGUAGCAGAUGCUAUUGGGAGGGGAACUGCAAGGGCUGAAGUGGAGACUGAUAUGGAAGCUCAAAUUGAGGCAAAGAAUUUUGAGAUUGCUCGCUUGGUAGACCGGCUUCAUUAUUAUGAGGCUGUAAAUCAUGAGAUGUCUCAUAGGAACCAGGAAGCUAUUGAGAGAGCAAGAAGGCUCCGGCAAAGAAGGAAAUGGAGGAAGAAAUGGGUUUGGGGCUCAGUAGCUGCUGCCUUGUCAUUGGGCACUGUAGCAUUAAUAUGGUCUUUCAUCCCCACAGGAAGAGGAUCAUCCUCCAUAGGCCAACCUCCCGAACUUGAGCAUGCCAAAGAAAUCGACUGAUGAAACUCCGUUCUUUUGUCCGAAGAAACCGAGAAAAGAUCUUAAUGUAGGAAAUAUUGGGCCGUGAUGUGCCCCAUUGUACAUACUGAUUUGUUUACCUUGCCAGUCAAUUGCUUUCCACUGUAAAACUUAGGAUUCGCUGUCUCGAGAAAAUGAUACUAAGAUCUCAGGGUGUUGUAUUAUGUUGAUGCGACAAAAGCUGAUAAAUGGCAUAUUAUCAUUAGGAAUGAUGAGUUUCAUAAGCUUUGAGCUCUCAUCCGUUCGAGGCAAAA